AUGGUUUCGAGUUCGUCGUCGAGUUUUGGUUUUGCCGUCGAGGACGACGAAGGAGGAGAAGGACAUGACGUCGUCGGUGGUGUUGCCAGCAGAAAUACGGGGAGGAUAAGGACGACGACCACAAUAAGGACUCGUAAACUCCUCUCCCGCUCGGGUCUCCCCAUCGACGACUUGGAGGAGUUCGAAACCUGGGACGUUGGUGGAGGAUUCGAGGAGCGCGACGACGACGAUGCAGACGACGACGAAUACGAAGAUAAAGAACGCAAACGCGCAGAAAAACGCUUACUCGAGAAGCGAGAGAAAGUGCGAGUGCGCGUGGGAAAGCUUCGCGCGAGACGGGCGGAUAAACGCCGCGCGAAACGGUUAGCGAGCGGUGAAGACGUGUUGGAGGAGGAAGAGGACGAAGCACAACACACGGAGUUGACGGAUGAAGAGAUAUUGGCGGAAUACGAGGACGAGGACGAGGAGGAAAACGAAGAGGAAGAAGACGCGUUCGAUCGAAACGAUUUGAGAGACCGCGAUGAUCCGGACGACGAGGAUGACGAUUACGCGUUGAAGACGACGGAGGAGUUGCGGCAAACGAAGAAGGCGAUGGAUUUGUUCGACGAAGACGACGACGAAGAGGAGGAGGAUGCAGAUGGGGAGGAUGGGGGUGAGAAGAAGAUUAAGAAGAAGAAGAGGCCAACGUCCGACUUAGACGAGUACGAAGAUAUCGACGAGGUGGAUUUGGAUUACGACUCGGAAGGCGUGCACGCGGACGACGAGAACGAUGUUUUCCGAGAAGACGACGAGUACGAAGACGAGCAAGAGUAUGAUUUAGAUAGCGACGACGACGAGGACGUAAACGAUGAAGAAUAUAGCGGUAAAGAAAAGGAUUUUUAG